AUGGCUCAAGUAACAGAACAACCUGCCAUCGACAAUGAAGCCCCUCCUGCUGCCGAUGUCCCAGCAUUCCUCGGUUUGACGCAACAACAGUCGGCAUUGUUAGUCGCCCUUUACAACGAAACCGAUCCCGAGUUUGCAAAGCAGAUCCCUACUGCUCUCCCCGUUGCCGCUCAACAACUCGCAGCCGAGUAUGAAAAACGCAACAGUGUUGGAAAGAAGCUCGAACGUGCCAAUGCCAAGUUUAUGGAGGAAUAUCAAGAGUUUGAAAAGGCACAACAAGAAGCAGUGGAGCGAUUAUCCAAGGCAAACGACAUGAGCAUUGACAAAGCUGCCGAAGGCCUUGAUUUGUCUGGAGCAUCCAUCCAUGAUUUGAUCCUUGGCAGUUUCUUGUAUGGUGGUGUACGCAGCGCCGAGGCUGAAAAGAACAAGGAAGCCAUGAGUCCAGUUGCAAGCCCCAACUUUGAUGGUGCAAAGGGUCUUUUGGAACUUGCAUUCAGCAAGGGAUCUUCUAUGGCUGCUGUACAAAUCGGAUCUCUCUAUGUGCAAGAGGACAAGCUCGCUAGUGGCAAGAACAUGAAGAAGGGUGAGGAUUGCAAGGAGGUCGCAUUCUCGUGGUACAAAAAGGCUGCUGAUAUGGGUAAUCCUAUGGCUUGUCACAAGUUGGGCUUCUUUUAUGAACGUGGAUAUGGUUGCACUCAAAACAUCCAAGCUGCUAUUGAAGCAUACGAGAAGGCAUUUGCUGAGGGAUAUCCUGAUGCUGCACACAAUCUUGGUUUGAUCCGACAGGGCUUGAAUGCUAUCACUGCACCUUUCAAGGACAGCAAAAAGGCCAUUGAACACUUUGAGCGUGCAAAGCAGUGGGGUUAUGCACCAUCCGCCAAUGCCCUCGGUCGCAUGUAUCUCCUCAUGGCCAAGAACUCUGAAUAUGCAAAGGAAUGUGGAGAUCCCAGCAAUGACAAGGAUGAAUACAUCGUCACUGGCAUCGACUUUAUGGAAUAUGCAGCUGACAAUGGUGAUGCCGAUGCUAUGUUGAUGCUUGGCCUUAUCUUUGGAUCCAAGGACUAUGGCCUUUACGACAUGGAUAAGGCUCAGAAUUAUAUGGAGCUUGCGCUUGUUCGUGGUGAUAUCGAGGCCUUUGCUUAUCUCGUUCGUAUCUUGCGUGCAAAGAUGGCGGCCAAGGUUGCACUUGAGAAUGAAAACAUGGAGAACUUUGAACGUCUUAGCGAUGCUGAAAAGCAAAAGUUGAUCCAGCAACUAGCAAAGGAAGCUCUUCCAGAGAAUGUGCGUCACAAGCAGUGCUCCAACACUUAUUGUACCAAGACCGAAGAAAACAAGGGCGACUUUAAAAAGUGUGGUCGUUGUCAACGUGUCUCUUAUUGCUCUCGUGAAUGUCAAAAGGAGCAUUGGAAGGCUGGUCACAAGGUGGUGUGCACUGAACAAAAGCAGCAGCAAUAG